GAGAAACCAUGGCGGACAACCAAUCAACCCAAACACAGCAGCUGAAUUUACAACCAACAUGUCCUAUGAGUCUGAACCCUUGUUUACAGAUAAUAUACAUUUCUCAUCCUUGUUGCUUGAACCAACAGUGCGGGAAUCAAUCUGCAGGAGAUGUCCAAGAAAACCAAUUGAUGAAUACUCAAGGAGGUAAUUCCCAAGAAAUAUACAAUCAACAAGGAUCGAGAUUUGGGGAUCAACCAUCUGGAAAUACCCAAAGAGAAAAUAACCAAAACUGUCGGUCGGUAAACUUUCAGAAUGGGAGCAUACCACCAUUCGGACCUCAAAACGGAAUCUUAACGAUAGGUUAUUGUCCAAUGCCAAACAUUCAUUGUGGAUAUUGUCCACAUGUGAACCAUUCAACAUUACCUCAAUUAGGAAGUGCAAUGUCAUGCAUGUGUCAAAAUUGCCCACAUCAUGACCUUAUCAUUAGGAUUCACAAUGGAGUUACUUAUCCACUAGGUGGCAACAUUCAACGAUGGAAUGGACAAGGCGGUGAUGCUAACCAGGAAGGAAAUAUGCAAGGUGGACAAGGCAUUAAUACCCACAGAGGAAACACUCAAAGUAGCGGAGCUGGCAAUACCCAAGGAGGAAACACUCAAGGCGGAGAUGAAGGUAACACCCAAGGUGGAAACACUCAAGGCGAAGAUAGAGGUAAUUCAAUAGGUGAAAAUACUCAAGGUGGAAGAGGGGGCAAUACCAUAGGUGGAAACACAAAAGGCGGAGAUGGAGGUAAUACCAUAGGUGGAAACACUCAAGACGGAGAUAAAGGUAAUUCAAUAGGUGGAAAUACUCAAGGUGGAAAUACUCAAGGUGGAAGAGGGGGCAAUACCAUAGGUGGAAACACUCAAGGCGGAGAUGGAGGUAAUACCCUAGGUGGAAAAACUCUAGGCGGCAGAGUUGGCAAUACCCAAGGAGGAAACACUCAAGGCGGAGAUGGAGGUCAAACCCAAGGUGGAAACACUCAAGGUGGAGAUGGAGGUAAUUCAAUAGGUGGAAAUACUCAAGGUGGAAGAGGGGGCAAUACCAUAGGUGGAAACACUCAAGGCGGAGAUGGAGGUAAUACCAUAGGUGGAAACACUCAAGGCGGUGGAGUUGGCAAUACCCAAGGAGGAAACGCUCAAGGCGUCGAUGGAGGUAACACCCAAGGUGGAAACACUCAAGGUGGAGAUGGAGGAAAUACAAUAGGUGGAAACACUCAGGGUGGAAGAGGGGGUAAUACAAUGGGUGGAAACACUCAAGGCGGAGAUGGAGGUAAUACCCAGGAUGGAAACACUCAAGGUGGAGAUGGAGGAAAUACAAUAGGUGGAAACACUCAAGGCCGCCGAGCUGGCAAUACCCAAGGAGGAAACACUCAAGGCGGAGAUGGAGGUAAUUCAAUAGGUGGAAAUACUCGAGGUGGAAGAGGAGGCAAUACCAUAGGUGGAAACACUUGUGUGGAAGAGGGGGCAAUACUAAUAGGUGGAGAACACCUCAAAGGCGGAGAUGGAGGUAAUACCAUAGGUGGAAACACUCAAGGGCAGUGGAGUUGGGCGAUUACCCUCAAGAGGAAACACUAUUCAAGGCCAGAGAUAGAGGUAACACCAAGGUGGAAAACACUCAAGGCGGAGAAUGGAGGUAAUUCAAUAGGUGGAAAUACUCGAGGUGGAAGAGGAGGCAAUACCAUAGGUGGAAACACUGAAGGCGGAGAUGGAGGUAAUACCAUAGGUGGAAACACCCAAGGCAGAGAUGGAGGUAAUUCAAUAGGUGGAAAUACUCAAGGUGGAAGAGGGAGCAAUACCAUAGGUGGAAACACUCAAGGUGGAGAUGGAGGAGGAAACACUGAAGGCGGAGAUGGAGGUAACACCCAAGGUGGAAACAGUCAAGGCGGAGAUGGAGGUAAUUCAAUAGGUGGAAAUACUCAAGGUGGAAGAAAGGGCAACACCAUAGGUGGAAACAUAAAAGGAGAUGGAGGUAAUACCAUAGGUGGAAACGCUCAAGGCGGAGAUAGAGGUAAUUCAAUAGGUGGAAAUACUCAAGGUGGAAGAGGGGGCAAUACCAUAGGUGGAAAUACUCAAGGCGGAGAUGGAGGUAAUACCCUAGGUGGAAACACUCAAGGCAGUAGAGUUGGCAAUACCCAAGGAGGAAACACUCAAGGCGGAGAUGGAGGUCAUAUCCAAGGUGGAAACACUCAAGGCGGAGAUGGAGGUAAUUCAAUAGGUGGAAAUACUCAAGGUGGAAGAGGGGGCAAUACCAUAGGUGGAAACACUCAUCCAAAGGCGGAGAUGGAGUUAAUACCAUAG